AUGGGACAAGCUCACCGUGAGUUCCCUUUGCUGUAUGGACCUGCAGGCCAGUCGGAUGCUGGCAGUGAGAGAUCUUCAAGACGUCAAGCAGAGGCUCAGGGGCAGUUAGAAGAGUAUAUUCAGAAGUACCAGGAGCAGGUUUUAAGUUUGCAGCAAAAAGUGGUGCAGUUGAAACUUGAAGGAGACGGAGCGCUAGGGGGCCAAGAAGUACCUCAAGGUGAUCUCCGUCAGCUACCAACAGGAAAUCCUCAGCCUCAGCAGCAACCACGAUGGCAUCUUCGAGCGGAGUCUACAGUAUGCGUCGGGAAAAAGUACCCCAAGGUGAUCUCUCUCAGCUACCAGCAGGAAAUCCUCAGCCUCAGCAGCAACCACGAGGGGAUCCCCGAGCCCUUUACCAACAGUACGGCGAGCUACUUCAAGGUGAUCUCCAUCAGCUACCAGCAGGAAAUCUGCAGCCUCAGCAGCAAUAACGUGGGGAUCCACAGGCCGUCGGGCGCUCCGCAACAGGCGGAAGAAUUUCAAGGUGAUUUUCGUCAGCUACCAGCAGGAAAUCCUCAGCCUCAGCAGCAACCACGAGGGGAUCGUUUUUAUGAUGUUGGACAGAGCAAUCCAGGAGCCCGUGAAACCAUGACCACAGGAGCUGAGCAAGGAAGUCUUCCACAUGGACCUACAGCUACGACAGGCGGUGAUGCCCCACCCACUUCUACGUCUACGGCAAAGCAGUGGCUGGGAAGCGGGCCUCCAGCUGAUCCUCUGGCUAUGUUGGCGGGAGGAAUGGCCCAGCUGCAAGCCGCUAUGUUGAAGCAGUUGAACACUGAAACCACAGGGGAAAGAUCCCCUGAGACAGCCGAGCCAGGAACGACAACCUUGCCCUUCCUACCAGAGCCGAAACCCGACGCUAGCCCGGUGGACAUCAUGGGCUGGUUAGAGUUGAUAGCAACACUUCUCUCCGACCUCAGUGACGGGGCGGCUGCCUGGUGGAAGGCCGACGAAGUUUACUCGGAUGAGGAGGAGGACGAGGAAAUCCUCAAGAACCUGGAGGAGAAGCAGGUCAAGAAGAACUUGGGAACAUGCAAGGCUUCAGCGUUGAAGGAGUUCCAGUUUCUGGCUUGUGGAAACCAUGUGCCAGAAGAUGAAUCGACCUGCGACCUGUUUGCGGCUGGACUUGAUGCAACGUCUUUGCGAACUAUGUUGGCGUUCAACAACAACAAGAAGCAUUGGAGGUGGGGUGUUGCAGACAUCCGGCAGGCUUUCGUCCUAGCAAAGUGGCUGGGGGGUCAGGUCGCGCUGCAGCCACCAGCCAUUGCCUACGAGCUUGGAUUGGCAGAAGAAGGAGACAUGUGGCUGGUCAGACAGGCCCUCUACGGCCUCCGAGAGUCCCCUGCAAUGUGGAGUCAAUACCGUGCUGCACAGUUGGCCGAGGCCCGUUGGACAGUGAUGGUCGAGGACGCCCCGGUUACAAUGAGACUCGAGCAAUUGGUGAGUGACAACCAGGAAUUAGAAAUGGCACAAGAGGGCUGUGUGAAGGAGCUCCUGAGGUGUCCAGAGCUGGUCAACCAAAUUGGCAGAAGAUUGCUGGAUUACCCUUGUGAGACUGCUCAUUUCAGGCUUUCCUUUGUGUACAAGGAAGAAAAAGAAGGCCAGUUGGAUGUCUACACGGACAGCUCCUUCGCCCCCAGCGGAGGAAGAUCAAAUGGUUGCUGUCCUAUCUUUUAUGGAGAUGCAGCUAUUGCUUGGAGGGCAGGCCGCCAAGCACUAUGCUCUUUGUCAACGGCGGAAUCCGAGUUGUUGGAGGCAGUUGAAGGAGCGGUGUUGGGAAGAUCAACAAAGUCGCUGUUGGAGGAGCUGCAAGGCAAACCGAUAGUGAUGAAUCUUUUGGUGGAUAUCCAAGCUGUUCAGCGAGUGGGUCAUGGAGAACACGUCACCUACGUGUACGAAGCAAUUGGCUACGCCUACGCGAGCUCAUCAACAAAAGGCGGUCAGCCUCAGGAGGACAUACGGGCCGAGAUUCCAUGGGAUCUUUACUUUGUGGUUGUGGUCCGUGCUAUCGCGAUCAUUGGACUGUGGGAGGGGGCAAAGUCAUGUCUGAAGAUGAGGCGAACACGGAAUAAAGCCUUGCGGGCAACGGCCAACAAGAGCCUCGACAAGAACCCCGACAAGAAGCCAGAGCAAAACUCAAAGAACUACAACGGCUACUGGCACUUGCUCCUGAAGAUCUAUCCAAUGAUCAAAAGCUACGAGUGGAACCUUUCUCACACAGAGACGGUGGAACUGCCAAAGGAGCUGGACUCUCGAGACGACGCAAAGCUGCCUGCCAGGUGGCAGGUCCUGUUCCUGCGCGACGUCUUCAACUACUGCAAGUCUGAGGGCUCCUUUCAGUUGACCUUCUCGGACUUGGAGUACGGGCUUCGACGGAGCUUAACGCCGGAUCUCUGGGACCUCGUGAGCGAUGCCAUGCGGAAGAUGACGGAUGAGAUUCGAGGUCCAGCAACGUUCUUCCACUUCCUGAAGAAGGCAUACCCCGGCUGCCAGCCCAAGCAUCUCGCUACAUUCCAGGACUGGUGCAACCAGUACGACGAGCUGCAGCGGCGCAGCGCUGAGAUGGAUCUCCUCACCGAAGCGGCCGCGCUCUUUGAAAAGAAGAAUGCGAUGCCGAUCCUGCCCGUGGACGAUCAGGCGCGCUUAGAGAAGGAGUUCGAAGAGAUGGACAUGUUCGGCACGGGCUGCGUGGAAGUCGCCGCGAUUCAGCGCCGAUGGGAUUGGGACGAGCAGAUGACAAGGGACAUCAUUGCCAAGUACGACCUUUCGGAAGAUGGUUGCCUUGACAAGGGGGAUUUCCUCCGGAUGAUGUGCCCGGACGGCUUCCGACUGCCCUCCAUGCAGGGCUCCGACCGGGACGUUUUUGGCAUGCUCCUCACUGGCAGCAUCCGAUACCUGGAAGAUGCGAUAUCUACGGAAGAAGGCCUCUACGCCGAGGACGUGAAGGCGGCAAAGGAGGUAAGGCUGAAGCCCAUGCCUUUCUCGCUGCUGCCGGAGAUUCCGGAGGCGACGUGGAUCUUCUGGAACGAUCUCUUCACCAGGCUGGAUGCCGAUGAGGAUGAUCACAUCCGCGAGCGCGACCUUCUUCGGGAGGGGCUGCUGUCCCCCGAGGUGGUCGAAUCAGCUGUCUUUGCUAAGUGUGAAUGA